CGGGGAGAGGCGAAGGGCAAAGGAACAGCAAUCAUGGAGCAGUUGUAGGGGAUAAUGGACAAGCCUCUCCUUCCGGAAGAAAGCAAAGAAACCAAAGCUACUUGACCGAAAACGUAAUUCCCAAAGCGGCAACGAGAAACACAAGAGUAUCAAUCAUGCAGUUCAAAUACAGAAUAAUCGAAUAAUCUAUUCCAACGAAAGGGUUCUCCGUGAUCCUUCAAGGUUGGAACCGCUUCAAGCAGUCCCGUCCCCACAUUGUACGUCGCUGGCGCAUCGGCCGCGGUUGAUCGAUCACCAUCGUCCAUAGUAUGUCCGUGGAGGACCAGCGCUAUUCCGACGCGAUGCGGGUGCUCGAGGCCGGACCGGAGUGGCUACGAGCCGAGAUCGAGCGCCUUUCCCGGGAGCUGAGUGAGACUACCCAUGAGAAGAUCCAGGCGGCAGAGUACGGGCUGGCGGUGCUGGAGGAGAAGCAGCAGCUGAAACAGCAGUAUGACGACCUGGAGAUCGAAUACGAGACCGUGCGCCAGGAACUGGACAUGCUCAAAGAGGCGUUUGGACAAGUCCACUCAAACCAUAAGAAGGUGGCUGCCGACGGGGAGAGCAGGGAGGAGUCUCUGAUCCAGGAGGCGGUGUGUAAGGAGGCCUAUUACGAGCAGCGGGUCCUGGAGCUGCAGACGGAGCUCCGCCAGGCCCGUAAUGUCCUCACCAACACCCAGUCAGAGAACGAACGCCUGGCCUCCAUCACCCAGGAGAUGAGAGAGAACAUCCAGGUGGUGGAGCUGCAGCGCACCCGCUUGCGUGAUGACAUCAAAGAGUAUAAGUUCCGGGAGGCACGUCUGCUGCAGGACUACACAGAGCUGGAGGAGGAGAACAUCUCCUUUCAGAAACAGGUUUCCGGGCUCAAACAGACCCAGGUGGAGUUUGAGGGUCUGAAGCACGAGAUUCGUCGUCUGGAGGAAGACACCCAGUUCCUGAACAGCCAAUUGGAGGACGCAAUCCGCCUGAAGGAGAUCGCCGAGCGACAGCUAGGGGAAGCCCUGGAGACCAUCAAGACUGAGUGCGAGCAGAAGGCCGCCCUAAGGAAAGAGCUCUCCCACUACAUGAGCAUAGGCGACUCUAUGUACCACAGCCCCCUCAGCAUCUCUCUGGAUGGGCUCAAGUUCAGCGAUGACGCAGCCACGGAACCCAACAACGACGAGGCUCUCCAUGGUUACGAGAAUGGCUUCAGCAAGCUUGCCAACGCCAUCACUGAGGACAACCGUGCGUCCACGCCCAAGAAGGGUGACCUGUUUCGCCCCGUUCCCAGCCUGGUAGACGACCUGCUGAGUGAACUCAACAUCUCUGAGAUCCAGAAACUCAAACAGCAGCUGCUGCAGAUGGAGCGUGAGAAGGUGUCUCUGGUGUCCACGCUGCAGGACUCCCAGAAGCAGUUGGAGCAGGCCCACGGGGCCCUGGAGGAGCACCAGGACAAGGUCAGCCGUCUCACCGAGAACCUCAACGCCAUCCGGAGGCUACAGGCCAGCAAGGAGCGCCAGUCAGCCCUGGACAAUGAGAAGGAGCGCGACAGCAACGAGGACGGGGACUACUAUGAGGUGGACAUCAACGGACCCGAGAUCCUGGAGUGCAAGUACAAGGUUGCGGUGUCGGAGGCAGGUGAGCUAAAGGAGGAGCUGAAAACCCUGAAGGCAGAGUACCACUCCUGUCAGUCACACUAUGAGGAGGAGCGAGGCCGUCUGGAGACUCAUGUCACAGCCCUUGGAGAGAAGCUGGCCUCUCUGGAGAAGACCAGCCACGUGGAGAGAGAGGAGAAGGUCAGGCUGGAGAAGGCGCUGCGCAAGGUGAGUGACGUGGCGGGCGAGUCCCAGGGCAGCCUGAGCGUAGCGCAGGACGAGCUGGUCACCUUCAGCGAGGAGCUGGCCACACUCUACAACCACGUGUGCAUGUGCAACAACCAGACUCCCAACCGCGUCAUGCUCGACUUCUAUAAGCAGGGCAAGGGCGGGCGCACCAGCCCCGAGGGUCGCGGCCGCCGCUCCCCCAUACUGCUCACUAAGGGCCUGUUCCCCGUCCCCGAAGCUGCCGACAGCACCCUGUCCCCUGUCUCCUCUCCCCCCUCGCCCCGGGAACCAAUGAACGUGUACAACCUGGUGGCCAUCAUCCGGGACCAGAUCAAGCACCUCCAGCUGGCGGUGGACCGCACCACAGAGCUGUCCCGCCAGAGGAUGGCCUCUCUGGAGCUAGGCACAGUGGCUGAUAAGGACAAGGAGGCCUGCAUGGGGGAAAUCCUCAAACUCAAGUCCCUCCUCAGCACCAAGAGGGAGCAGAUCGCCACCCUGAGGACUGUGCUCAAAGCCAACAAACAGACUGCUGAGGUGGCGCUGGCCAACCUGAAGAGUAAGUAUGAGAAUGAGAAGGCCAUGGUGACGGAAACCAUGAUGAAGCUGAGGAACGAACUCAAGGCCCUGAAGGAGGACGCCGCCACCUUCUCCUCACUCAGGGCCAUGUUUGCCACACGCUGUGAUGAGUAUGUGACUCAGCUGGAUGAGAUGCAGAGACAGCUGUCUGCGGCGGAGGAUGAGAAGAAGACCCUGAACUCCCUGCUCCGUAUGGCCAUCCAGCAGAAGCUGGCCCUGACCCAGCGCCUGGAGGACCUGGAGUUUGACACCGAGCAGACCCGCCGCGGAGGCAAACCAAAAGCCAAAACCACUAACGGCAGAACCACUAACGGGCUGACCAACGCCGCCAACAACCCACGCAUAAGUCACGGCCUCACCUGUGCCGGGAUCGGCCGCCCCAACGAGCUCAACGCCAUGCCCAACUGCAUCCGUGGAGGCCCUGUGGUCUUCUGCAGCGAGAAGUACAAGAUCUACUGCGACUGAAGCGGCUGCGUUGUCAGCACGGGACUGCUGUGUACAGAGGGGAGGAGCCCGAGGCUCUCCCCUGCAUUAAUGUUAAAGAGCCCCACUAUGCUCGCUUAGCUCCCUGCCUGCCCAGCCUGUAGCCUCAUAGGGCCUGGUGUGUGUCUAACCUACAGUACAUAAGUAUGCCCAUGGCCACGUAUGGCCACUCACAUCUGCUAGUGUAAACGUUUAGGGGAAUGCAGAUGUGCAUGUACAGUACAGUGUGCACUAGAAGUUUGGGACUGUUGUAGACAUAAUGUAUGGCAUGUGGAUAGGGUCUCAACCGGCUGCCGGUAGGCUUCUGUGGAUAUUAUGGGGUGCUGCACUUAUGAUGAUGUUAAAGGUGGCAGCAUUUGUGCUUAGUGUGUUCUGAACCCCCCGAGUGUGUUGCCUGGUAACUGUCAUGCACUUAGGGGGUGGGGACUUGGGAAGAGGGUGUCACUUUAAGGGGUCAUUUGACUGAAGCUGACAUCCUCUCCUUGUGUUGCUCGUCUGUUGGCGUUGGUGCUCCUUCGAUAAAGCCUCCCAUCCUCCUCUCUCCUGGCCCCCCAGGACUGAGCCAGCCCAGCAACCCGCUGACCAAUCAGGUCACUCUUUAAUGUUUACAUAAACAAAUGAAACAAAACAAUAUGCAAACUCCCCGUGCUGUUGCUUAGGGGAGUCCAGUGUGAUUUGCUGGGUUUUUUAACUGAAUUUCAAAACUCUCAAAGCGGGUUGGCUGAUGAUUAGUGAUGUCGGAGGUGGGUGGUAAAGGAGCACCUAAGACCGCAGGUGUUUAAUUUCAGGAUUCAUUCAGAUCAAUCGCAUGGCAUUGCAGCUGAGAAUGCUACUGAGCUUUUAUCUGUUUUUCUAUGUAAAAAGGUGUGUGGCACAGCACAAGCUAUGUACUACAGGGCUCUACAUUUUAACCAGAGCAGUUAUUUAACGUCUGCUGAAAGAAAUGGAGGGCUAUUCCAUGUGACCCAGUAUAUGUCAUAUUGGUGUUCUUUCAGAGCCAUAUUACUAGAGAACGAAAGCAAGACGAAACGAUCUCUACACCUAAAUUAAGUGCACUUCAGAAUAGGUGCCUCAGGUUCUAACUUCUAUUAGAAAAGGAUAAAAUAACUGUGAACAGAUACAAUAUAGUUUUGAUUGAUGGUGAGGUUUGUAACAUCAGUAAAGAUCCUAAAAAGCACAAAAAUCAAUGGCACCCAGAUCCGGAUCAUAAUUCUGCAAACAAAACCGACAACCUUCAGCAAAGUGCCUGUUGACCCAAGCACUUGAUAUCAACUAUAUCUAUCUAUCGAUGUAAAGCCCCGUCUUUGUGUCUAUCACCCUAAUGCUCAUCUCUCCCUCUAUCUCUUUUCCCUCUCUUUUUGGAGGCCCUUUUGAGCUCUCAAAUGAGCUAUGUGUGGUUAUGUGGCUGAAAACCCUGUCCUCCUCCUCAUGACCUGUGUCUCGUCACUUGGUUGUCAUGACUACCCCUCUCUCUCUUUUAGAUGGUCAGCAGCUUGCUCGCCCUGAAACGCCACUCCCCCUUUAAGUAGAGAGGGGGAUUUGUGGGGGGGAAAAACUCUGAAUAUCGUCAGGUAACGUCCUCACGCGUAUGCGUGUUCUGAACCCUGCGUGUGUCUGUGUGUAUGAGUGUGUGUCUGUUUGUGUGUGUGUGUGUGUGAGUGAGAGUGAUCUCAGCUCCGGCACUGUGUGUGUAUGUUGUUUUCUGAAAAUAUUAUAAAUGGAGGGUCGUUCAUUUCUGAGAUGCUGUUUGUAUGCAAGAGGACAAACCAAUAUACUGUCUUGAUUAUCCAAAAAAAGCUUUAAACCUUGCAAGCUUGUGCCAGGCAGAUAAAAGAAAUGUGGGGCUUGUGUUAGAUAAAUCAAUGUUUUACAUAACCACACAUUGUUAGCUUUAUGAUGCUAAAAGCAGGGUUGAUGCCAGGAAAUCCUUGAAGAUUCGUCAAAUUAUGCUUUUUCUACCAGUAACAUAUAAAAAACUAUAUAUUCUUAAUGAUAUGAUUGUAAUCAGGUUAGAAUCUUCUAGGAUCCUCCUAGGCCCCCUCUCUCUGGAAUAGAGAGGGAGAGCUGUCGUUCCUCAGAACGAGGGACAAUCCCAACCCUGCUUGAGUUGAGUAUGUGCUGAGGCCUUUAGACACACAACACAGUAUGGAGACUGUGUUCACAUCAUUCAAACACCUCCACUGAGUGAAAAUCACUCUUCGGUUAUUGUUCCACUUAAGUGACAGCGAUAGAUUCACUCUUUGUUUAUAUCAGUUUGCGCUGAGUGUAGAGACUAGGAGAGAACAGAUGACUAAUAAUAGUGUUUAAACGAUACUGAUCAUGAAGUUGAUACUGUGUUGGGAGACAUGGGUUCCAAGGUUAUUUGAGGUGCUCUAAACCCUUGGUGAUUAAAACAAAUGAUACGUUUUUGUUUAACUACUUUGUAUCUAACUGUGGAAUCUUACUAGUGGACAUUGAUUCAAAUGAGUUGACCCUCUAUCCCCCUUUCCUUGUUUCGGCUCUAAGGAUUCACUGAGCAAUAGAUAGAUUUAAUAAUCCAGGAUGUGAUUGUGGCUAGAGUCAUCAAUAGAAUGCCACCAGAAUAAACUCCUCCUACCUCUGUCUGCAGGCUCUGCCCACAUCAAUGUUGAGUUCACUCACACGCUCUUAAUUUGAUUUUUGAUUGGUUGAGAGCCUGCAUGCAACAAAUAAAAAACAUGCCCGUUCUCAUUAACCUGCAUGCCAUUUGGGAAAAGCCCUCCCAUGACUGACCUGGUUCUGUGGUAUGGUUUACACUCUGGGGGGGGGGGGGGGGUGGUCUGUGUUUUGGAGGUGUCAAAGGUCAUAGUACUUGUGAGGUCAUCGGCUUCUCGCACUUGCUGGUCUUCCUCAGGCAAUAGUGCUUUUACAUCAGCUCCUCUAGAACAUAUUGACAUGAUGUUGAUAUGUCAGUCUGCUUCAGAACAACUAACCCAGUUUGCACCUACCUGUAGUUAGUAGCAACUAUAACUAACUGGGGCUUCGGCAUUCAUCUUUUUACUCUUUCUUAUUUCGUGUUUUUGAUUGGACUGGCAUCAUUACUGACCAAGUUAACGUCUAAAUUGACAAAUAAUGCACAUUUUUCUGAUUUCUAUGUUUCUUCAUUUUGUAUUAAUUUAAUUCUGCCCGGAUGAGGAUCCUCAAACUCAGGAUCCUCUAACACUGCCGACAUCACAUUCAGUGUUCCUGAAAACAGCUAGCCCUAGAGGCCAAAAUUGUAAAACCCGACCAAACAAAAUCUGUUAUAUGAAAUAUUCCUCCAAGUUGCCUAUGUUGUUAACUCACUAUAUAGCAUGAUCUAUAUGUCCUCUAUGGCCUAUAUAACCUAUAUGACCUCUAACCUCUAUGUCCUAUGUGUGGGAAUGAAAAGGUAUUUCACAUUUCCCAGUGCUGCUGCCGGAAGACGAUGCUCACAAGUACAGUGAACUCUGCCCUCCUAGUAAAAUGAUGAUCAGAGUUUGUGAUUAUUUGAGUUAUCCCUCCCAUGAGAAGCCAGGGGAUUCGGGGUCUUUCCUCAAUGUAAAUCAACAAACCCUUUUGUCUGGUUUGAUCUUUUUAUUUUUUUAUAUAUAUAUUUGUUCUUUAACCUGUGCACUUUUAUUAUAGUAUUAUAACUUUAUAUUGUUAACCUAGGAAAGGUUUAGUGCUAUGGUUUGUGAGUUAUUUAGUCACGUAUACACAUAUAUGAAUAGGAAUAUAUUUCCUCCUAUAUGUUGUCUCUUUGUAUCAUCCAUAGAGCCCAUUUACUCUCCUAAAGCCACACCGCAAACCACAGUCCUACUGUUAAGAUUCUGAGAAUUUGUCCAACUGAAUAAGCAUCCUUUUAUUGUUAUGUCUCAUAUUAUUAUUAUGCUGUUGGUUUGAUUUUAUGUUUGUUCUGCUGCCAUGUUCUAAACAAAAUCCAGGGUGAGCUAAUUCUGGGGUUUUCAUGUAUUUAUUAUUCCUAGGAAUAGUUCAAAGAUAACGCAGAGAAACUUGACGACACUCUGAUUCCAAAAAUGGUAAGAAGUUCUUGGGGGAAGAAACGGAGUGACAAAAUAAUUUUGGUUUUUCCAGCUUCUUACCAGGGUGUCACACUGAUAAGGGAUCACUGGCGCACAGAAUUCUCUGCAAGUGCAACGAUUAAAUUCCAAAUUGGAAUUGUUUCAUUCUCUCUUUGUUUAUCGUGCCAAAUCUUGGUACAUCAUUUAGGUUUGAAAAGAAUGAAGAAUCUGAAAGAAAGACAAGCCGUACAUCAGUGGGAAAGGUAUAGUUUGGGGCUGUGGCUUUCUGUCCUAGAGCUGCCCAGGAUUUGUGUUGGGGUCUGUUUUGUUCUUCGUUCUGACCAGUCGUGCCUUUCAUUGUUUCAAGGGAGAAUCGUAGACUAGUGUUUUUUGUUAGUUUUUUUAGGUGAGGAGGUUCGGGUUUAAACCGACUUUGUGAGCAGCAAUAAAUGCAAAGAUGAGCCCUUUUUGCAGGGGUGAGAUGAUGAUAGUUUUCAAAUUAGCUCAAUUCAAUUGAUAUUGUGUUGAAUUCUGCAGGUCAGUGAUCCUAACAGAAAAUUCAGGGGUAUUGAGAAUUUUUUUUUUUUUUAUCAAACUGGGAACCAAAAUAAAUCCCUUUGGCCUCCUAUUGAACAAAAUGUUACAAACACCACUACUGUGUUCUGGGUAGAUCAGUGUUCUAUUGAAACAUCUAGGUGAUCUCGAACUUCGUUUGGUUAAGGUAAUGUGCUAUCAAUAGUAUUGUUGGCAAAUGUGCAGGGAGCGCAUUUUGUCGUUUGUUUGUCCAUUUUGAGUUUUUAAAUCUUAUUUUUUAUUCUCGAAUCUUUUUUUACAUCUUAUUAAAGCGUUGUGAUUUCAGGAAACAGAAAACAGAUUUUGCAUCAACAAGCUUGAAUUGUGCCAUUAUUGCCAAUGCUUGUUUGUUGAGGCGUAAAAAGUUAUCAAUACGGUUGGGAAGCAAAAACAAAAGAAGAAAAUAAAGUGCAAUUUCAAUGCUGUUUUACAAGGAAAAUAAACGUUUUCUGUUUGCUGGAAGCAAUAGCACUGUGAUAAUACACUAGCUGUGUAAACUUUAUAUUGUCAUAUUGUGUUUCAGUAUUGAUCCAUAUUGAGUUUGAUACCUUUAUAUGAAAUAACGACUUCAUCUGUAUGUUGGUAUGUAUUUGAAUUGUUAUGCAGUACGGUAUUCUUCUCAAUAAUGUGCAUUAUGAUUAGUGGCAUAUUCAUUACAAUUUAAUGUCAUAUGCAUGUUCAUCAGUCAUGGGAACCUUUACACAGAAUCGAAAACAAACCUAUAACUUUGAAGAUUUUGAAAAAGUGAAAAAAUGAAAUGAUGAAAUAACUGAGUUUAGUCUAAUGUAAUACUGCUGAACUAAUCCUAUGAAGUUUUGUUUUCCUAUAGAGAAGUGGUAUGUCUGUGUAAAGGUAGUCAUACUGGAUAAAGACAAUAAAUGUGACUAAAAAGA